UAUGGCGGCACGAGACAGAUCCGGCCGUCCUCAAAAUGGAAAUUCCAGACACUAUCAAGAGGCACCUGGUUCAUACAAUGCUGCAUUUAAUAGGGGGUCAUUUCAGCGACUGGACACCUCCUCCCCCCGUCCCAGCAGCGUUGGUAGUGUGCAGAGUGUUCAGGGCCUGUCAACCCGGGGACCUCGUCCAAACCAACCGAUAUGUAUCGGCGAGGAAGUCAGAAUUGGCAUACACUUGACAGUUGAACGAUUUAAACUCAGUGAAAACCAAAAAGAGCUGGAGUUCCCCUCCUCCUUGAGUGCAACUGAGAGGGCCUACAUCCACAGACUGUGUGACGAUCUCGGCAUGAAAUCCAAGAGUCGAGGGAAAGCAGCCAAUCGCUUCCUGACAAUAUACAAGAAGGAUUCUAAUCAAGCAGUGAGCUCUGCUUCUGGCUUCCAACUGUCCCGCAACUCCAGACAGCAGGCAGUCAGUCUGCUACAGAGGUUCCCCCUCUCCAACAAGGAGCGGCAGGAUCUCCAACCAAAGACACAAAAGUCACCUCUUGGUGAAGUUACAAGGGAAUUCAGUAAGAUGACAACAGGUCGAUUGAACAAUGGCGUCCCCCAGGUUCCACCCUCCCGAAAUGAAACUGACCUUGACGUGUUCAGGGAAGGCUUACCAAUUCAGCAGCUGAAAGAAGAUAUCAUAUACGCCACAAAUCACAACCAAGUCUUGCUGGUGGCAGGAGAAACAGGCUCGGGCAAAACAACUCAGGUACCUCAGAUGAUUUUAGACGACUGUAACAAGAACAACAAGCCAUGUAGAAUAUUCUGCACCCAGCCACGCAGGAUUGCAGCUCUCAGUAUAGCUGAACGUGUCGCACAGGAGAGAGGAGAGAGGAUUGGCCAGACAGUGGGCUACCAGAUACGAUUAGAGAGCAAAGUAUCGCCGAAGACUUUGCUGACAUUCUGCACCAAUGGCGUGUUGCUGAGGACACUGAUGGGAGGGGAUAAUGCCCUGGGCACUCUCACCCACAUCAUUGUUGAUGAGGUUCAUGAGCGGGAUCGGAUCAGUGACUUCCUGCUCGCAGUUGUGAAAGACCUGCUUCACAAGUACAAGAACCUGCGCCUCAUUCUUAUGAGUGCCGCCCUCAACACCGAGAUGUUCAUCAAGUACUUCAGUGGCUGCCCUGUAGCUUAUGUCCCAGGCACUCUGUUUCCUGUGGAAGAACACUUUCUGGAAGAUGUUCUCAAAUGGACUGGCUACAGUAACAAGAAGAUGGAGAAAUACAGAAGAGAGCUAAGUAAAGUGAAGAGUCAGCAGGAGCACCUGGAUGAGUGGUGCACCCAGGGAGUCUCUUCCGAAGGACGCCGUGCCAGCAUGGACGAAGACUUCACAGCUGACAGAAUCCUGGGGGAGGAGAGGGUUGUUGCUAUAGAGUGUAUCCUACUGUUGACAGCUGGGGAGGAGAGGGUUGUUGCUAUAGAGUGUAUCCUACUGUUGACAGCUGGGGAGGAGAGGGUUGUUGCUAUAGAGUGUAUCCUACUGUUGACAGCUGGGGAGGAGAGGGUUGUUGCUAUAGAGUGUAUCCUACUGUUGACAGCUGGGGAGGAGAGGGUUGUUGCUAUAGAGUGUAUCCUACUGUUGACAGCUGGGGAGGAGAAGGUUGUUGCUAUAGAGUGUAUCCUACUGUUGACAGCUGGGGAGGAGAGGGUUGUUGCUAUAGAGACUGGGGAGGAGAAGGUUGUUGCUAUAGAGUGUAUCCUACUGUUGACAGUGGGGAGGGAGAAGGUUGUUGCUAUAGAGUGUAUCCUACUGUUGACAGCUGGGGAGGAGAGAGGUUGUUGCUAUAGAAGUCUGGGGGAGGAGAGGGUUGUUGCUAUAGAGUGUAUCCUACUGUUGACAGCUGGGGAGGAGAAGGUUGUUGCUAUAGAGUGUAUCCUACUGUUGACAGCUGGGGAGGAGAAGGUUGUUGCUAUAGAGUGUAUCCUACUGUUGACAGCUGGGGAGGAGAAGGUUGUUGCUAUAGAGUGUAUCCUACUGUUGACAGCUGGGGAGGAGAGGCUGGGGGAGGAGCAGGAGGACCUUGAGCCAUGGGUUGUGAAGGAGAUGGACAAGCUGCUGAGUGAGGUGUGGUUGUCAGGGGAGGAAGAGGUCUUCUCACAAAUCUUCCAUCUCAUAAUGGCAGAGAAUGUCAGUGUGGACUACAAGCACAGUGAGACGAGUGCAACUCCCCUGAUGAUAGCAGCAGGGCGGGGCUUGUCUGUGACUGUGGAGCAACUCCUUAACCUUGGCGCCAACAUCAAUGUCAGAGCAUCAAAUGAAUGGACAGCCCUUGAUUGGGCCAAGAAAUUCAAUAGAAAUGACAUUGUUGAAAUGCUUGAGGCAUAUGUUGCCUCCAUUGAGUGUGGGAGUGCCAGUGAGGAUGGGAAGGAAGAUGCAGUUGUCUCGGCUGAAGACCGUGAAAUCCUCAAUGUCUACCACCACAGCUUUGAUGAUGAGAAAGUUGACACGGACCUCAUCUCUGCACUUAUAUACGCUAUAAUGUCAUCAAAGAAGGAAGGUGCUAUACUAGUCUUCCUACCUGGAUAUGAUGAUAUUGUCACUCUCAGGGAUAUCAUAGCUGAAGACAAGAAAUUUGAAAGUUUUAGGUAUGUGCUGUAUACACUCCACUCAUCCAUACAGUCCAACGAUCAGAGGAAGGUCUUUAAGAUGGCACCGCAGGGCGUACGCAAAAUUAUACUAUCCACCAACAUUGCUGAGACAAGUGUCACAGUUAAUGAUGUCGUCUUUGUCAUCGAUUCAGGAAAGGUGAAAGAGAAAUCAUUUGACGCUCUGUCUUCAUGCUCUAUGCUUAAGAGCAACUGGGUGUCCAAGGCCAGUUGUUUGCAGAGGAAAGGGAGAGCUGGUCGAUGUCGGCCCGGGGUCUGCUAUCACAUGUUCAGCCGUAUUCGCUACAGCAGUAUGCAAGAGUACCAGCAACCAGAAAUCCUCAGAUAUCCUCUUCAGGAGCUGUGCCUCAACACCAAGCUGUUGGCCCCUGUCAACAUGAGCAUCGCUGACUUCCUUGCCAAGUGUCCCGAACCGCCAUCUUUUCUGGUCACUAGGAAUGCAGUCCAACUCCUGAAGCAAAUGGAUGCUCUGGACACGUGGGAGGAUCUGACCGAGCUGGGCCAUCAUCUGACUGACCUCCCCGUGGAGCCCCGGCUGGGCAAGAUGGUUCUGUACUCAGUGGUGCUUAAAUGUCUUGACCCCAUCCUCACCAUUGUCUGUGCUCUGGCUUACAAGGAUCCAUUCACUCUCCCGUCGCAGCCUCACCAGAAGAGAUCUGCAGCUAUGGCACGAAGAAAGUUUGCUUCAGGAACAUUCAGUGAUCACAUGGCCCUCCUACGAGCUUUCCAGGCAUGGCAGAAGGCUCGGACGGAGGGCUGGGAGAGAUCCUUCUGUGACAGGAACUUCCUCUCCUCGGCAUGCAUGGAGAUGAUAGUUGGAAUGAGAACUCAGUUGUUGGGUCAGCUGAGAGCCUCUGGGUUUGUACGAGCCCGUGGUGGCGGUGACAUCCGAGACCUGAACACUAACUCAGAGAACUGGGCCGUGGUGAAGGCAGCACUGUGUGCAGGGAUGUACCCAAACAUUGCCUGUGUGGACCGGAACAGGAAUGUCGUGGUCACUCAGAAAGAGUCCAAGGUGCGUUUCCACAGCCAGUCUGUGCUGAGCCCCGCCCCCACCACUGAGUGGGUAAAUGGGGCAUCCACCCAUGCCAAGUCUGUCCGCAUGCUCCAGGGGGAUUGGUUGAUCUAUGAGGAAAUGACGCGCUUCAACAAAAUGGCCAGUGCCAAGUGCUGCACCGUCCUCUCAGCUGUUGCUGUGGCCAUCUUUGCUGGGCCAUCCAAGUUGCCGACGGAAGCCAUAAGGGAGGCAGAGGGCAUCCAUGAACAUGAGGCUGGCGAUGGGAUGUACGCUGACCACAGCAGUGACAGUGAGGGUGAAGACAAGGAGGACCUGAAGAAGUCCACCCUGCAGCUGGACGACUGGCUGUGUUUCCGGCUGGACAAGGAGAAGCAACUGAGACCCAAGUGGCCAUGGUCACAAAUGGAUGAGGCCGUUGUACGAGCUGUGAUAAAUGUCCUGACCAAUGAGGAGCAGUCUCAGGGUCUGCAGCAACCAGCUGGUAUCGGACAAAGACCCAGACCUAUGUCUGCUGAGUCGAUGAUGAUAUCAGGCAACAGUCGAGGCUACAUCGAAGCUGAUGACAACCAGGGCAAGUACAACAACCGCAAAUACCCAGGAACUCCGCCCAAGAGAAAGGAAAUCAACCUCAAAGGCAGCAAGACCAGUGAAGACAGACUGGAGACAUCUUCCGUCCACAGCAACUCAGCAAGCAACAGCAGUGCCAACAGCCUGAAGGGCAGUGCCGGCAGCACCCCAUGCCCCUCCCCCCAGCCCUCCUCACCCUCUAAGUGGGCAGAGAGGGACCCAGGGGGGACCAGCUCCCACCCCUGCAGGCUGUUUGUGAUGAAGUGUAACAACCAGAAGAACCUUGACAUCUCCCUGCAGAAGGGGUUGUGGGCCACAUCUGUCAGCAAUGAGAAGAAACUCAACAAGGCUUUCCAGGAUGGCAAGACAGUGUACCUGAUUUUCUCCAUACAAGGCAGUGGUCACUUCCAGGGUUAUGCCAAGAUGCUGUCCGAAAUCCGGAAAGACAAAUCACAAGAUUUUAUUUCACCUGGCCUCAGUGGUAGCUUUGCCAUUGAGUGGGUCAAGAGGGCAAUGAUCCCCUUCCAGAGCACACACCACCUGACCAAUCCCUGGAAUGAGAACAAGAAGGUCCAGGUCAGCAGGGAUGGCCAGGAAAUUGAGCCCAGUGUUGGAGAAGCUCUCCUGAAACUCUGGGACAAGUAUCCUAACUACCAGAAGCGCUCGUCCCCAUCUUCUGGAACCAAGGUCAUCCUGAAGCAUAACAACUCAGCUCCACCAAAGCUCCUGAGCAAAGACUGUGAUAUGCCUGAGCAGAAAGACAGUGGUGACAGUGAUGGCCAGGCAGAGUCUGGUCCACCUGGCACUGCCACAAAGUCCUCCAGUUCUGCAUCCCUCACCCGAUCAAACUCGUCCACCAGCAGCCAGGGAUCAGGACACAGCUCAAACACUCCCACUAGUCAGCAAGGUCACUACCAAGGUUCUCAUGGAGGUCAAGGACAUUAUCAAGGUCAUGGCCACAACCACCACCAGCAGCAACAGAAUCGCGUGGUGGAGGUGGUGGGGGUCAUUAUGUUCCUCAUGGCAAUAUGGGACCUGUGGGUGGACAUCAUGGAAUGGGAAUGUUCAAUCAAAACCACUUCCAGCAUGGGUACAACCACCAAAUGGGUUACAUGGGCCCCAUGAUGCAUCAUCAUCUGCCUUCUUCACAAAGAGGAGGAAUUUCACCAGUCAUGAUUCUACAGAGAGGCAGUCAUUCAUCUGGUCAUGGGCGUGCCAACUUUCAAGGUCACCAUGGUUACAACUCGGGGCCAGGCUCAUAUCAUCACUGACAGAGCAACUCAAAUCCAUUCAUGUAGAACUGAGGUAGAAAUAUGUACAGAAUGUUUGUCAUUUUAGGGGAGAGGUGCUAGACUGUGAUGUGCCCAUUGUCAUUCUGCUGGCAGGCAAUGUCACUAGAGCCCUGCAAGAAACUGUAACAUUGUAAUCAUUACCUUUCAAUUGAUACUACUCAUAUGAAAGAGUUGGCCAAACACUGCCAACUGAGUCCCCCCCUAUAGAGAAGCAGUCACAAGGAAAGCACAACCUCUGCCAUGUCAAUACCGAUAGACUGUCGCCAAACCUAGCUGGUUUAUGCAUGCACAUGUUGUUUAGUAGUGUUAUGUAUCCAAUGAUUGCAAUAAACUUAGCUUUCAUGGUAAGCUAGCGGUAAAUGUGGUUAUGUUUGAUGAAAUAAUAUUUUGAUAUUAGUUGAAUUAAGUAUUCUGUCUGUGUAACACAGAGUACAUUUUUGCAUGUGAGAGACAAUCCAGAACAGUGAGACAGUUGACAGAUAAUGUGUGGAGUUGCCAUCUCUGCAGAUAUCAAACCAUGGAGACAAUGUGUGGAGUUGGCAUCUCUGCAGAUAUCAAACCAUGAAGAGAAUCCUGGAUUUUGUCUCCAAAGAUUAGUUUGAAAAUACUUGCAAUAAGCUUCCUAUUUCCAUGAAAUGUUUAGCAUGGCAUCAAAGUGGUUGGAUAUACAGAGCUAUAUCUUAGAUUAUGAAUAAUGGGAAAUCACAUGAGAAAAUUCAAAUAUUGAUGGCAAGUUAAAUUUGCUGCCUGCAAAAUGCUUGUAUCAAGAUCUGUUAAUUGUAACACUCACUGUCACAUCUACAGGGAUGUUAGUUGAUUAGUUGGUCCAAUGUUGACCCUCCUCUGUUAUACAGGGUGCAUGAAGAAUGUUGUGUAUUAAUGACCUUGAACCUUCAUCCACACUGUCUGUCAUGUGACACACUUGUAUAUAUUGGUUGUUGUUGAUUCAUUGUCAUCAUGUUAAAAGUAGUACAUGAAUGUUGCCAAAACUCCAAAUGUAUGGAAACACUUACCUUCCUAUGUUUUAUCAGUGUAGCAUGAAUAAAUAACUCAUGUAGUCAUGUGACACCAACUCAAAAUGGUUUACCUUAAACUUUGGAUAAAUUUCAAUGCAAUUAGCCAGGGAAAAGAAUGAAAAAUAUUUUUUCAACUUUCCAAUUAGUAACUUGUAAGUUACACCAUCCCUGAAGUAAGGCUGCAUACCUUUAUGAAAUGUCAUUAUAUUUAGUUUCUAUUUUCAGCAUUCUUUUGUUAGCCUCAUAAAAACUGCUUGAAAAGAUUUAUAAGAUUUCCGACACAGAACAGAUUUUACUGUUUGUUAUAUUCAAUAGUGUAGGUAGGUUUCUGGGUGUGCACACAAUUAUCUGAUAAUGAAAAAGGCAAAAGAGUUUUUGAUUGCAGUUCCAACACGUAAGUUUACAGACAAUACCAAAGUAACAGUCAUAUAAGAGAGUAUCUCCACUCUCUCACCAUACAUGUUUCACAAUAUUUGGAGUCCAGUAGUUUUCACAUUACUCAAACCAUAUUUAUCAUGAGUCUUUUCAAAUAAGUUUCAUUAUCUGUGAUAUUGCAAUGUGUUUGGGUCACUUUCAAGUCAGCAUGUGUCAGUUGCUGGCAUUGUGUUGUUGUUAAUAUUUACAUGUUGCUGUGAUGAUAAGUUAUUUUAUUAUUAUAAACUUCUAAUGUUUUGAAGAAUAAAUAUUUCGGGAGUA